AAGAAACAAUUACGCUGGAAGAGCAUUCUGGCAGAAUCUGGGAAAAAUACUCUGAAAUAUGCUGUGGCCACAGGCUUUAUUAUCCAUUUGUCACAAGCCAUUGCUGCUUAUAGAAACAAAUCAUCGGUCUGGGAGUAUGCAGUGUCAACCAGCUUAGGAGUUGGAGUCUUGAACCUGGGACACAAUCUGAAACACUGUGCCAGGAUGUCCCUUUUUGGUGCUGUAGUUGGAACUGUAGGAGGGUACGUUGUUUGCCAGUUCUUAGACGGAAGUGGCGUGAACCAAGAGCAGAAAUAUUUAGGCUGGCUAAGGCAUCAGUGGCGGGAGCAGAAGCACAUGAAGCAGACAUUUGAAUAA